AUGAAAGGAUGGACAAAAAGUUGGUUUGGACUAUCCAAGAAAAGUUCUCCCAACCAAAAUGGGGGCCUGUCAAACUCUGAAAGUGGUCGUAGUCCCCUGACUGUGAAAACGAAUCAUUCACUAGAAGAAAAUGUAACAGCGAAGAAAGAAAUACAUACAAGGGGUGCAAUAAGAGAUAUGGAAAUGACUUCCGCUAGUCCAAAUGCAAACGAAGAUGUCUUGAUGUCAGGCGAAUCCUCUGCAGUUCAGAGGGGUGCAUCAAAUUACCCUCAUCGUAUUAGUUCUGACAUUCUUCCUGAAGUAGAUCACGAACCUUCUGGCUAUUUAAAGUUAAACAUCGAUUCAUUGAAAUUGGAAGGAAAUCACACAGAUGCUGCCAUGGCAAUGGAAUGCACUUCUUUUAAGCAAUUGUUCCUUGUUAUUCAAUUUGGGACGUCAGAGUAUGUAUCUCCCCCGUUGAAAUGGAAAUCUUCCACGCGGGAUACUGCGAUAUCGAUCCCUUCUCGUGACUCUUCAGCAGCUGCAAGCCGAGCUUCUUCUAUGCUAAGCAAUUUCACCUAUAACACUUCAACCAUGAGCUAUUGCCCCACGUCCUCUACUCCUAACCCAUCAGCACCUUCCCACGUAGUUUUUGAUGUUGCAAACAGAUUACCUGUGGAAUUAAAUAUUUACGAUCAUUCGCGCGGAAAUUGCUUCGUUGGACAGACUGUGAUCCAUCCAUGUUAUAAUUACAAUCAAUACGAGCAAUUUAAUAGCCCCGUAGAGGUCUCUCCUGCUUAUGCUCAAUUAGUUGACUUGCGUUUGGAGCUAAGUUCCGUAUUUCAGCCACUAAUAAAAAAGUCAUAUGCGCCCGAGGAUUUUGAACCGCUUAAGCUAAUUGGAAAAGGAACAUUCGGGCAGGUUUAUUUAGUAAGAAAAAAAGACACUCGUCGCAUAUAUGCCAUGAAAAUUUUGUCAAAGAAGGUAAUUGUUCGCCGUAAAGAAGUUGCACAUACUAUAGGUGAACGAGAUAUCCUUGUCCAAACAGCAGCUGCAGAUUCUCCAUUUAUUGUUGCGCUUCGAUUUUCCUUUCAAACACCUAAAGAUCUCUAUCUUGUGACUGACUACAUGGCUGGUGGAGAGCUGUUCUGGCAUCUUCAAAAAUCCAUUCGGUUUCCUGAAGCUCGUGCGAAAUUUUACAUUGCUGAACUGUUGUUAGCAUUACAAGCACUUCACAAACGUGGUAUAGUUUACAGAGACCUUAAACCUGAAAACAUUCUUUUGGAUGUUCAGGGACAUAUAGCACUUUGUGAUUUCGGCUUGUCGAAAGCGAAUCUAACUGUGGGAUCCACCACGAGAACCUUUUGCGGUACUACGGAUUAUCUGGCACCUGAGGUAAUCUUAGACGAAGGAGGUUAUGAUAUGAUGGUAGAUUUCUGGUCUUUGGGCGUUUUGCUUUAUGAAAUGACAUGCGGGUGGAGCCCUUUUUAUGCUGAAAACACUCAACAAUUGUACAAGAAUAUUGUUUUUGGAAAAGUUCGCUUUCCUCGUGGGUUGCUUUCGGCUGAAGCAAGAGAUUUGAUAAAACUGUUACUUAACCGUAAUUCUAAGAACAGACUUGGGGCUAAUGGGGACGCUGAAGAAGUGAAAAGACAUGCAUUUUUUGACGACAUAGACUGGGAAAAACUUAAUGCAAAGAAACUUAGUCCACCAUUUAAACCUAUCGUUGAAGGAGAAUUUGAUGUCUCAAAUUUUGACGUCGAGUUUACCAACAAAGAAGUCCCGGCGGAUUUUGUCGCUGUCGGUGACAUGUCUACGUCUGCUCCCCUCUCUUCGACUGUUCAAAAUGGGUUUAAAGGUUUUACUUAUGUUGAUAGCAGUGCAAUGGAUGAUGCUUAUAAUUCAGAGCCAGAAUCCCCGACUUCUUCAGCUUCUUCAUUCCACGCUGAUUAUCAUAACCAAGAUAUUAACCGUACGAAUGACGAUUUUUUCAUGGAGCAUAUUGAUCCUUAA